AUGCUGCCACAGCUGCACCUACAGUUUCCGAACCAUGAUUUUGCUGUGGCUUACUCACUUGCGGGCCCCAACCUGGCAGCUGAUUCAAGACCAUGUCCUUGCAGUGGGUCGGCGCUCUGCUCUUCUCCAGAUGUCAACUGCUACGGCUUUCAAAACAGCAAUUGCUCCAGCCUUGGAGGCAAGCAUGUUCCCUCGGUUGUUGGUGACGCGGCGACGGCACGGCUUUCAUGGCGGCAUUUUGCUGCCGGUCAGCUACUUGCACUUCCCGAAGGGGCAACUGUCAGGACCUGCAGGGCCGGGACUAUGACGCGUGACAUUUGCCGGAAGCAACCUGCGCAUGUCUGCAGCCACGACGGCCUUUACAGUCUUGAUGCCAAUGGCUACACUGUCCAGCUUCGUCCUGCCUGGUCCGAUGAGCGAGGCUGCGCGAUGCGGCUUAGCACUGUAGUGAACGGGCAUGCCGUUUUUGAGCGGUGUGACAGGUGUAUUUUCUGGUUUUCGCCCAACGCGGCCCAAUGUUUGUUGCUGCCGAACACGUGGCAGUACCGUGAGUUAGGGGCCAUUUGUGGCUCCACCCAUGUCGAAUGUCAGCUAGAUGUCCACCGGGGCCUCCCGGCAAACGCCAAUAAGGGUGGUUGCGCGAUGCGGCCAUUGCUUUGUAGAGCCUUGCUGUUCGCCGCGGAUCGGACACAGGAGGCCCGGCGAAAUGUGUGCAUUGUGCUUUGCCCGCUGAUCCAUGCUGAUGCCGUGCAGCUGGUCACGAUGAACAUCAUCCUCUACCUGAGCCUGGUAGCCACUGCUGUGGCCCAGCCUUGGCGUAUGCCCGCAAGCAAUGUACUGGACAUGUGGCUCCACGUCGGCUUGCUUGUGGUGAUGGACAUGGCUUCUGUGUUUGCCGCGCAGGAGGUGGAUGCCUUCAUUUCCGCCAUCAUCUCAAUGCUGUUCUUGAGCUUCAUGGCAGUGGGCAUCUUGCUGGUCAUCCUCCAUGGAAUCGUGCUACAGGUGGCUCGUUCGCGCCGGAAGCCCUGGCGAUUCUUUCUGUCGCAUCACAAGUUCGCAGCAGGUGCCUUCGCGAGGCUUCUCAAGAUCCACCUUCAGAAGCGAAGUGUGCACUUCACCACCUUCCUGGACACGGACAACCUCCGUGAUCUGACCGAGCUUUUCAGCUUCGUGAGGGCGUCAGAGACCGUUGUGGUGCUGGCGAGCGCGGGGAUCUUGGCCCGCAAGUGGUGCAUUGGCGAGAUUGUUUCUGCAAGAUUACACAAGAUCCACACGCUCGUGCUGAAGUGGCCCACAUUCAUCUAUCCCAACGAGCUCUUCUGCAAGAACUUGACCGUUGCGAUUCCCGGCGUUGAGGUGCUGACGGCCCACGGCAUAUCUCUGAAUGACGUGGCGGACGCCAUGACGUGGCUCAGAGCCGCGGACGCGAUUUCUGUCCCAGAUUUGUUGGACGCUGAGUCCAUCAGUCGCAUUUGCGACAGCUUGACCGGGAUGAUGCCAAGAGUGUCCACCUCGCGCGAGCGGAGCAAGAAUCCCAAGGAGACUUCACCCAUGCAGGCCAAUUGCCUCAUCCUGGCAGACCCCCGCAACCAGGAAGCAGUGGCCACGUCCUACAUCCUUGUCGAACUUCUCGUCGCCCUGCUGAAGGGCGAUGUUCUUCCAAUCGUGCUGCAGGGAAAAGAGAGCAUGCCAGAGAACUCGGGGAGGCAGUGGCAGGUGCUUCUGGUUUGCUCUUCCGGCUGCUUCAAGUCCAGCGAUCUUGCUUACUGGCUCAUUGACUUGUACCACGACUUGGCACCCGUCAUCCUCCCAAUUGCAGGGUCCGAGUUCGUGGUGCCACUGGCGCCGUACGAAGAUGCAGCUUCCAGCGUAGAGACGCCCCUCACCGACCACGAGCACAACAUCUAUUGCUCAAUGAUCGGUCUUGUGUUCCAGGAGAUUGCCAUUGUUUUUGCACCGCAAUCCAGCACCCAGGAGGAUUUGGAGCUGCGCGUGAAGCAGAUUGCACUUCGCUUACAAGCCAAGAGCUCAAGGCCGCGGACCACCUCCAUGCGUUCUGUGCAAACUCCCCGAUCCCCCGCUUCUCCCAAAUCGCCUUUGGCGGCUGGACCAGGCCAAGCUAAGGACGAGGGCGAGCUGCUCGAGGAUGAUUUCUUCAGCUUCUGA